AUCAGCUGUGUCCAAUCACAGCUGAUCACAUGGCACUCAUGAUCAGUGUGCCCUGAUGAUCAGUGUGGCCCCAGCAGUGCCACCUGUCAGUGUCCAUCAGUGCCUUAUGUCAGUGCCUCGUGCCAGUGCCCAUCAGUGCCACAUCAAUGCCACAUAUCAGUGCACACCAGUGCACAUCAAUGCCACAUAUUAGUGCCCAUCUGAGCUGCCUUUCAGUGUCACCCAUCAGUGCCAGUCAGUGCCACCUAUCAAUGCCAGUCAUUGCCACCU